UAGUUAAAACGUAGUCGAACACGGGCGGGCGCGGGGCCGAGGGUCGAGGUGCGGCGCGCCGGGAGGCGCUUGCGGCUCCGUGGCCGAGAUGUGUCGAGUGUCGUUUGUAGUGCUCGUUGUUCGCAGUUCAGUGUGCAGUGUUUACGCAGUAGUGAAUAGUGACUGGGGAGUGUGUCGACUGCACGACCGACGACACAGAUCAACCUAUCCGUUUAUAUUAUCAAGACACAGUUUAACACCCGCCAAGUUUUUUUUUUUUGUUAUUUUUAUUCAAUCGUUAGAAAUCCAUCGAUCCUAAAUUUGACCGUUGUCGGAAAUCGUGUAUGAAUUGACCAAAUGUAAACUGUUAAGAGUUUGGAUUGAAGUGGAAUAAUGUAUUGUGUAUUGUCGUUUGAAUAGUGUUGUGUGUGGACGGAGACAAAAGGACAGACUUACGGCGGACAGAAUACAGCGGUUGGGCCCACGAGACCGGACCUGGACUCGGUAUUUUGGCGGCGUAUCCAUUUAAUAUUAAAAAAAGCACCGCGGCCACGAAUGAAGCCGCGAGCCCCCCAUGAGGAGACACAUCAUCUGCAUCGUAUUCAUCUUCCUCGUCUAUAGUUGUUCAGGCCAGCACGAGGAAUUCGUCGCUAGCGGAAAUGAAGAUGCCGGACCGGUGCUGUCGGUGACAGCGUGUGUUCCGGGAGGCGGUGCAGCAGCUCUGGUGCAGGUCGCUGUGUUGUUGCUGCAGGCAGCAGGGGUGCCGGCUCGAGGCCUGCCGCCGCCCGCCUCCUGCCUGCCUCCUCAUGCCGCGGACGGAGCCUCCUGCCGCGACGCCGUCGUGUCCGCACUCACUCACGGCCGACUGCACGUGUCGCUGCUGAGCGUGGCCGCCGCCAGUGCCUCCCGCCUGCGCCCUCUCCGGGACGCUAACGUGGACGAGCUGGGUGACGUGACCCCACCGAGCCGGCGCUUGUGUCUAGCUCCGGCCCCCUUACACUCCAUUCUGGACCUCGCAGACCCGUCUAUAGCAGGUCACUACUACCUGCGACCGGACGAGGUCGGCUCCAUUGAAUACUCUUUCACAAAUGACUCUUCUUCGAGAUACGAUGGAUCCACAGUUCUAAGCCCCGAGUGGUGUAAACCUUCUAUCAAAUGUGCCGCUAUUUUGACAAGUGAUAUGGGAGAAGCUCUUAUACUUUAUAAUACUAUACAAGAGCAAAAUCUGUACGCUGUUGUUUAUGUACUUGGAGAUAACUUAGCAACAGUAGCUACUAAACUAAAAGGAAAAUUUAUAAUUUGUGAUUGGGCUCCCGACACCAAGGAGCUAUUGGGAACCAGAAGUCUUGGCCCACCACCAUGUACACAGGACGCCGACAGUUGCCCUUUCGAAAGCCGUCGACUAGUUAAACUUGUCAACACCAGAGCCUUGGCCUUGCUACCGGGUGCAGUACAGGCUUUAUUUCGACUCAGUAUAAGUACAAAUGAAAUGCUAGAAUUAAGAAAAUUAGCUCGUUUUUCGGAGCCCAAAACUGCAGCUCUCAGAUUUCUCUUCGCUCACCCUACUAAAAGAGUGAUUAGGGAAGUACGAGUCGUGGUCCUUAUACCAAAUCCGACACCACGGGAAGCUUACGAUGCACCAUCACUGGUUGCCGCGUCAGCUUUAGCGGAAGCCGACUUGGAGGCUCACUGGUCUAAGGCUUCCAGAUUUAAGGUGAUAACUCACGACGAUCACUGUGAUGCGACGCAUUCCUUCCAAUACAUAAGUGACGCACGCGUUUCUUCCGAUUACUUGGAGUUGUCUGCGGUGGCGGGACCCGCUUGUGGAGCAGCCUUCGCUGAUGUCGCCCGCCAGUCCACGUCUCACGGCCUGCUCGCCAUUUCGUACACACCACAGGCUCCUCCACCCUCACCUGCCGCUGCCCUUACUCUGCUGGCGGCUGGUGAUUCACGCAUGUAUGCGUCCGCGCUUGGCUCGCUGUUUGCCGAGCUAGGGUGGAGGCGGCUGGCAGCCCUCAGCGAACCGGCCACACGAGCGUCUCUGGCUUCCGCUCGUCUUCAAGCAGACAUCGUUGCCCACUUGGAGUUGCCGGAUGACCGCGCUGAUUACGAACCUGAAAUCUUUAUACAGUGGGCAGAGCGCGUGGUGAGAGCUGACGGCCGCGUCGUAUGGUUGUGUGUCGAAGAUGCACGGGCAAUGCGAGCUGCGCUUUGUGCAGGGCUUGCAGCCGGUCUGGAGCCGAGAUCUGGAAUCGCCUGGUUGCUGCCAGCGGCGCUGCCACCCUCCGCGUAUAGAGUUGGACCUCGUGAUGGGUGCUCCCAAGACCAGCUCGACAUGAUGCUAGAAGGUCACAUAAGUGUCGCUCCAAACUGGUUGUUGCCUUGGCUCCAGAAUGCUCAUGGACGGAAUUCUUCUGUAACUGCAGACUUGAAGGAAUCGAGCGGAGACAGUGUGUCUAAUUGGACGUCCCGAUGGCGAACUCAGUGCGGGUUCAUAGACGGUGGGUGCACAACUCCGGGACCACACGCGGCCCUCCUCUACGAUGCCCUUACAUUGUGGGCUAAUACGCUCACCGAUCUUUUCCAGACUAACUCCACCAAAUUCUACGACCUGCAUAAUCGACAACUUCUCCGAUCCCUCGUCAGGAAAGCUACUAAAACCAGUUUCGUGGGAGAGCUGACCGGACGGUUUGAAUGGAUGGCUGUGAAUAAUGAGGACGACAACGGUACGGCGUACGCUCGCUCUGCUCCGCUGGUCAUACUGCAAUGGAACGGAGGAGUUAGACGCGAGGUUGCACAUUGGAACCGUGGUCGACUAGAACUAGUCUUGGGUGCUCUGCGGUGGAGUACGGCGGACGGACGCGCCCCGCGUGACAGUUCCGACCACUGUGCUCUUCAAACCAUCGCAGACAUCCUUGGAGGAGAUUGCCGCACAGCUUUUAUCGUUUUAGGAGUUCUCAUGUUGUUAUCGGUCACUGUAGCCCUGAGUACCACCGCAUUUUAUUGCAAGAAACGAGCGGAAAGAGAAUAUAAAUCUCGGCUAGAAGCAUUAGGACUACAUCCAUUAGUUCCGAAGACUGUAGGACUUGAUCGAUGGGAAAUAUCAAGAGAACGGGUGGUUAUAAAUCGUAAAUUAGGCAUGGGUGCCUUUGGAACCGUUUACGGGGGUCAUGCACUUCUUGCAGAGGAUCGAGGAUGGACUGCAGUGGCGGUCAAGACUCUGAAAGCGGGAGCAACGACCGAAGAGAAACUCGAUUUCCUUUCGGAAGCCGAGGCAAUGAAGCGUUUCGAUCACAGAAAUGUCAUUCGACUUCUGGCCGUCAUAACGAAGACGGAACCUGUGUGUACGGUCAUGGAGUUCAUGUUGUACGGGGAUCUCAAAAAUUACCUGCUGGCUCGACGGCAUCUGGCGUGCGGUGGAGAGGACGCAGACGAGCAGGUCUCAGCGAGGCGCUUGACGGCAGCGGCACUGGACGUGGCGCGGGCUCUUGCUUAUCUGGCACAGCUGCGGUAUGUGCACCGUGACGUUGCCGCCCGAAACUGUCUCGUCAGUGCCCGCCGGGUCGUCAAGCUGGCUGACUUCGGGAUGACCAGACUUGUAUUCGAGAAUGAUUACUAUCGAUUUAGUAGAAAAGGAAUGUUGCCAGUACGCUGGAUGGCACCAGAGAGUCUAGCUCUCGGAGUAUUCUCACCAGCGUCGGACAUCUGGUCAUUCGGCGUUCUUCUCUAUGAGAUCGUGACGUUCGGGUCUCUUCCCUUUCAGGGACUUAGCAAUGCCGAGGUACUCACGAAAGUGAAGGCUGGACACACGCUCGAUCUACCACCAGGACUGAAGCCUCAGUUGGAGGCGCUCAUCAAGUCAUGCUGGCAGCAGGACAGCAAGUCGCGACCGACGGCGGACGAAGUGGCAGCGACGCUGGAGGACGCGCCACGACUAUUGGCGCCGUGUCUGGACGUACCUCUGGACGCCCUGCCUCUAGACGCUGAACCACCGUGGCGUCUCCCGCGCGACCGCGCUGAGGCUCGCUGGUUGUCUUGGGCCGCUCCUACCUCGGCCGCCACCGAUACCACCUACCUCAGUGCUGAAACGCAGCCACGGGACACAGACGCCUUUCUACCCUGACCUCUGAACCGUAGCCUAAUUCUAAGGAGAUAAGAAGCAUUCCGAAUUUUCUAGUCAAUAUUCAGUAAUACAUUUAUUUAUAGCUAGCUCAUUGUUGGUCAGCGUUACGACUUGACGUCAUUGAAUUGACGUUUAAGUGGGAUGAGAUACAUUUCAUUUCUGUAAAGAUAUUGAAUGAUAAUAAAGUUAAAAUAAUAUAA